GCAAGAAGGCGAUCAUCGCGUUUCGUUUCAUCUCAUCGCCAUCAGCAAGCAAGCAGGAGGUGAAAAACGGUGGCACAUUUUCGCUAGAAUUCGAUACAAAUUGCGUCCGAAACGCACCGAAACCAUCUACGAUCGAUGCCCGGAAUAUUGGUGCCGGGUUUUCCGUUUCGAAAGUAGUGAAUUGGGUGCACUAGUGCGUGGAAAUCGUGAAUUUAAUUUUUUUGGCUGACGGCGAGCGACGGAAGGUAGAAGAAAAGUCGUCGCUGUGCGCUUGUGUGUGUGCACUAGAAGGCAGCGUCGUCGGAGUUGGAAUAAGGAGUUCCGAGUUUUUUUUUCGCCGCUGUGACGACUGUCGUCAAAUGUUUGCCACUUCCACGUUCGCUUGCUUGUUGUAGAGUUUUGCGCAGGAUCCGACGAUGUCGUUCCCGAGUAGACCGCCGCCGACCAUAGUGCCCGCGGGAAUCCCGUAUGGAAUGGCCCCGCCAAUGAUGCCCCCAUCAAUCAUACCAGCCGGAAUGCCUCCUUCAAUGAGUCAGCCACCGCCCGGGGGACGUUCAAACUUCCGGGGACCUCCACCGACUAUCGGCUCCCGCCCGCAGAUGUACAACAACUCUAACAAUCACCACGACAAACGCGGCCGGGAUGAUCGAGGGGGAGGUGUCCAGGUUCCGAAUGCGGCGCCCACGAUGGAUGGACCGGUGAUUACCGUCUUCAUCGGAAACAUCAGCGACCGGGCGCCGGAUCCGAUGAUCAAGAAGAUCCUCGCAUCCUGCGGUACCGUCAUCAAUUGGAAGCGGGUGUCCACGUUUGGUUUUUGCGAAUAUGAUGGUGCCGUGGCUGGAGCUCGUGCCGUUCGCCUGUUGCAUGAUCUGGAAAUCGAUGGCAAAAAGUUGGUAGCCAAGGUGGACGCCAAGAACAAAGCCCUGCUCGACAACUACAAGGAGGAGAGCAACGGUGCCGUCAGCGAGCAGUCCGAGAAGCGAGGUGACGACGAUUCCAUGGAUCUAAUCACGCGGAUUCUCGAUGAGUUCAGAGACGACCUGAUGCCUCCGGAACAGCCAGAUGACUACGGUGUUCCGCGGAAGGAAAAGAAACAACUCCAGUCGGUUGAUAUCGAGGAGGGAAAGAGAGACAUUAUCAGCAAAGAGAUUGGCAAGUUCCGUAAGUAUACCGAGGAGGAGGAAAUCAAGAAGGAGAAGGAAAAGGAGCGCAAGAAGGCGCGUGAGGAGAAGAAGGCUGACGGAGGAGACAAGAGGAGAUCGACUUCGCCUAGGAAGGAAAAGGAAAAGAAGUCCCGGCGGCGGAGUCGUUCACGUUCCAGAGAUCGUGAGCGGGAACGGGAACGAGAGCGGGAAAGGGAGCGAGAACGUGAGCGGGAACGUGAAAGAGAACGAGAGAACCGAGAACGGAUAGAGCGUGAAAAUCGGGAAGCCCGGGAAGCCAGAGAUCGUGAGAGAGAACGGGAACGUGAAAGAGAGCGGGAACGGGAGCGAGAUCUUUUGAAUCGUAACCCGCGGGACAUUCAGAAAGAGAAAGAAAUGGAAGAGGAGGCACGUGAUCGGAGGAAAGCCGAGAAGAAGGCCAAGGAGAAGGAAGCCGCCUACCAGGAACGGUUGAGGAAUUGGGAAGCACGUGAAAGACGGAAGGCUAAGGAUUAUGAAAAAGACCGGGAGAAGGAUCGCUGCCGGGAGGAAGAACGCGAGAAGGAGGCGAAGCGACUGAAGGAGUUCCUGGAGGAUUACGACGACGAACGGGAUGAUCCGAAGUACUACAAGGGCCGUGAGCUGCAGCGGCGCUUGGCGGAACGCGUGCGCGAAGCCGACCAGGACUCCAAGGAUCGCAACAAAGAACAGGAAGAGCUGGACGAGUUGAAGAACAAAAUCUUCGCCGGCGAGUAUGACAACCCGACGCUAGAGUUUGAAAAGGCCAAGAAGCAACGGGAGGACUUGUACCGACCCAAGAUCUUGAUCGACGUCAAUCUGGAACAGUCGCAGCAGCGGGAGCGGGAGCUGGAACGUGAACGACAACGAGAGCUGGAACGGCAGCGGGAUAAAGAACGGAUCCGUGCCAACAAGGAGCGGUACGUUCUGGCACAGGCAUCCCGGGAAUUGGCAGCCAUCGAUGCGGAACCAAUCGAGUCCGAUUCCAGCGGGCACGAGGACAACACGUUCGCAUCGCCUGAUCCGGGUGUAACCAACAACCAUCACGCAGCAGCUCCCCUCGGCCAUCACGGUCACCAUCCACAGCAUGCCGGAUCGGAGACGAGGGACUCGUUCGGGUUCGGUUCCGCAGGGGCGAUGGGACUGGGCGGAGAAGAUGAGAGUUCACGGCACUCGAUGCGCUCGAAUUCCAACAUGAUGUCGAUGCAUAGCCCCGGAGCGAACAGCAACAGCGAGUUGAAUUCGAUUCCGGAGAAACACCAGCCCAUUGCGCCGACGAUAAGUCUCAGCUUGAAUGCCAAUGCCAAGAAGAAGAAGCUAGAAAUGAAGGAUGUGUUUAACAGCCUGGAGGAGGACGGAGAGGAAUCUAACGGUCCGAAGAAACGGAAGCUCGUUCCGUUGGAUGACGAAAACAAACCUCAGAAUUCGGCACCGCAGCCGGUCCCUGCUCCGGGAGACCGGAAUGCCUCUUCCAAGAGCUCUUCCAAGAGUAAGAGUGGUGGCGGUGGAGGUGAGGACGGCACCGGUGGCAGUAGCCGAUCGGGACGGGACGGCGUCAAAUCGCAGGAGGAGAAACGACGGCACAUCAAGAGUAUUAUCGACAAAAUACCAACGGAGAAGGCCGAUCUGUUCAACUAUCCAUUGGAUUGGAACGAGAUCGAUAGUACCAUCGAGAAGAAGAUUCGGCCGUGGAUCAACAAGAAGAUUAUCGAGUACAUCGGCGAGCCGGAACCGACGUUGGUGGACUUUAUCUGUUCGAAGGUGCUGGCCGGAAGCACACCGCAGGGGAUCCUGGAUGAUGUUCAGAUGGUCCUCGACGAGGAAGCCGAGGUGUUCGUCGUCAAGAUGUGGCGCCUGCUGAUCUACGAGGUCGAAGCGAAGAAGGUCGGACUCACGAAGUAAGCGAACAAAUUGCGUUACUUCACUCCCCAGGACCGCGACUGGCUCCCAGAUUUACCCGUAAAUUUCACAUACACAGGCAUCGAUGAACGAACGAUCGAACCAGAGAGCUAGUGACGAACGUUUCGUGCGCCGACCUGACCAAAAGGAUCACUCCAACCACACCAUCGACGACGGUCCCGCAGCAGCAGACAUGAAACUGAUUGAUAAGUGAGUAGAAAUCAGCUAAUUACUCUUGAUAAAAAAAUGAAUCAAAUUAUACACACACACAAAAAUAUUAAGAUAAUGAUACUGGAAAAAAGAUAUCUUGCUAAACAGUAAGCAUAUAGGCAGAAUAAUGAAAUAAACAAAAAACAAGCAACAGUUUCAACAGAA